AUGGGCAUCCCAGCAGGAGAUAAAACCAAGGGCGCCAAGCUCUUCAAGACUCGUUGUGCUCAGUGCCACACUUGUGAACCUCGUGAUAUGAAAAAAGUAACUGUUUGUCCGUUCUAUGUGUCAAUGAAGGGAGGCAGCAACAAGGUCGGACCCGCGCUCCACGGUCUAUUUGGACGUCAAUCCGGCCAAGUUCCAGGAUUCUCGUACACCGAGGCCAACAAGAACAAGGGCGUCGUUUGGGAAGAGCAAACACUGUUUGAUUAUUUGCAAAACCCGAAAAAGUACAUUCCGGGUACCAAGAUGGCCUUUGCUGGUUUCAAGAAGGAGCAGGAAAGAGCUGAUGUCAUUGCUUACUUGAAGGAAGAAACAUCCAAUAAAAAAGACAACUUGGUUAUUCGUCGUUAUUUCUGGACGAUGGUUUUGGAACCUACCGCUACGCGUAGACGUCGCCUUGAGAAGCAGAAAGGAACAUACCAUAAUGCUAUGUUUUACUUGUCAGGCAAGCACUUGAUGGCAAUACAUCAGUGUCCGAUCGGUAUUGCUGUGUACUCCAUUCUGGAACAACCCUAUGGCUAA